AUGUACCUGUCUCUACAUCACAAUUAUAUUUGGGUCCUGGCCACAACACCACUUCACCCGAAACAUUCACAGCACAUCAUGCAAACUCAAAUACAGUCAUCACCCCAGUGGCCAGUGUCUCCUGCUGCUCUGAAUGCUAAUUGCAGUCCAAGACUGACUGACCUUGCAGUUUCAAAGAAAUUUCAUCCACUUUUUAUCGCACCGAGACCCGUGCAAACUGAUGUGCCAUUGUCAGCUAGAAAUGUAAAACCUUCACCUCGAAUUAUUUUACUUUCUGAACCAUUAUCGCGGAGAAUAAAUGCUAAUGUUCAGGAAGGUCAGAAAACUAAGUUUCAUGCAACUAAACCAGCUACUUUUAGCAGUAGUGCAACUUUUGCGAGGCUGGAAAAGUUAGCAGUCAGCAAGGGAUUGCAUCCAAAUUUCGUACCAAAUCUACCAAGUCAGCGCCCCGUUACCAGGGCAGCAUUGUCUGCUAUGCCAUCACCGAGAUUAGAGGAACUAAGCAGUCCGCUUCCUAGGAGACUGAUUAAGAACACAUUUGAGCCUUUCAAAGUGAACCCCACCACACAGCGUGUGGUUGCUAGUGAUCGAAUCGUGGAACUUGCGAGACCAAAGAAACACCUACUUUAAGUUAACUAUUAUAACUUUAAACUUUCCUACAGAAAUCUUCAUGUUUCGAGUAUUUGAAAUAUUUUUUCUUUUCAAAAUUGUGUGGGCUUGCAUUUCAGAAAAUGAGAAGGGGAAAAAAUCCCUUAACACGAAGCAAGACAAAGAAAUGUAUGAAAAUGAAACCUCACCAAAAUAUAAAAUAUCGUCUCAGUAAGAAAAAAAAAA